UAAAACAUGCGGCAAAGAUCUUUACUUCUAAUAUCUUCAAUCGGAUACAGGAGCAGUAUUUGAAAACUGAAUCCUAUCUAAUGGAGACGCUCUCAAAUACUAGGGAUGAUGUCAUGAUUGGCUAUCGCAUAUAUAUGAUAGAGGAUGGUGAGCAUAGUGAUGAGCGUGUCGUUCUCGUUGAUAUUUCUACGAGGACAUUGGCAUGUGAAUGUAGGAUGUUCAGAACUUUCGGAGUGUUAUGCCGCCACAUGAUUAAGGUGAUGCGGCUUCUUGGAGAUUUUGGGAAAGCCAGUAUGAGAAGUAUUCCAGAUCAUUACAUACUCAAGCGAUGGACAUUGGAGGCGAGAAAUAAAGAGGUUGUUGAUGUCGAUGGUUCUGUUGCUCCUUCAGCUGCCAGUGAGAAUGAUGCGGGAAAAGGUAUAGAAAUGCGGUUCCGAGAAACCACUGCAAUGUUGAAUCAGCUAGCAACGAACAUGUCGAUGGCCGAUGAGAAGGACUACAAUAAGUGGAUGGGAGUACUCAAGAAACUGUGCAAUGAGGCAAACAAGGCAUUGUCAAAUACUAUAACUAGCGAGGACAGACGGAAUGUACCGGUAACUGGGCUGACUUUUAAGGAGAAGAGUAAUCCAAGGAGCUAAGGUAAGGAAUUUUAUCAGUCUACGAAUGAAAAGGAACGCCGUCAAAAGAAACAUGUGUAUAAGAAGAGAAUGAAAUCAGUUGAAGUGG